GUUCCCGGGCGGAGCUCCGGGGACAGGCGAGCGAUAAAGAGCGAGGGUUGAGCCCUGUCCUGCUCUCACUCAGCCUGGCCGCGUCUGUGCAUGGGUCCCUGCGCCGCCCAGUAGGCUGGGGGUUCGGGGCCGGGUGGCUGGCUGAGUGGGGGGUCGAGAGUUGGGCUGGAGCUGGGAUUAUGGCUGAUUCCGAGAGCAGCGAGAGCGGCGGCGGCAGCAGCAGCAGCGAACCCACGGCCAACCGGUUCGCCCGGCAGGGAGCCCUGCGCCAGAAGAACGUGUGCGAAGUGAAAGACCACAAGUUCACCGCCCGCUUUUUCAAGCAGCCCACCUUCUGCAGCCACUGCACCGACUUCAUCUGGGGCUUCGGGAAGCAGGGAUUUCAGUGUCAAGUUUGCUGUUUCGUGGUGCACAAGAGGUGUCAUGAGUUUGUUACCUUCUGCUGUCCUGGAGCAGAUAAAGGGCCAGACACGGACGUAAGUUCAAUGGACCCAAGGAGCAAACACAAGUUUAAAAUCCACAAUUAUGGAAGUCCGACGUUCUGUGACCACUGUGGCUCACUGCUGUACGGCCUCAUUCACCAAGGGAUGAAAUGUGACACCUGCGACCUGAACGUGCACAAGAAGUGCGUGGUCAAUGUCCCCAGCAUGUGCGGCACCGACCACACUGAGAGGAGGGGGAGGAUAUUCCUGAAGGUGGAGGUGGUCAACGACACGUUACUCCACGUCGCAGUGAGAGAUGCGAAAAAUCUAAUCCCCAUGGAUCCCAAUGGGCUGUCCGAUCCCUACGUUAAACUCAAGCUCAUCCCUGAUCCCAAAAGUGAGAGCAAGCAGAAGACGAAAACCAUCCGAUCGACGCUCAACCCCACGUGGAACGAGUCAUUCACUUUUAAACUGAAGAACAGCGACAAGGACCGGCGGCUCUCGGUUGAGAUCUGGGAUUGGGAUCGUACCACCAGGAACGACUUCAUGGGUUCCUUGUCCUUCGGGGUGUCGGAGCUGCUGAAGGCCGGCGUGUUUGGCUGGUUCAAGUUGCUGAGUCAAGAGGAAGGGGAGUACUACAACGUCCCCAUAAUGGAGGAUGACGGCGAUUCCGAACUUCAUCAGAAAUUUGAGAAAGCCAAACUUGGUCCAGCUGGCAAGAAGGUGAUUGAGAAGAAAUCGAGUACGUCAUUGAAUAAUUUGGAUCAUGUGAAGUUAACUGACUUCAACUUCUUGAUGGUGUUGGGCAAAGGAAGUUUCGGCAAGGUCAUGCUGUCAGAGAUGAAGGGAACAGAUGAACUUUACGCCAUCAAAAUCUUGAAGAAAGAUGUCGUCAUUCAGGAUGACGAUGUUGAAUGUACAAUGAUUGAAAAGAGAGUCCUGGCUCUGAUGGAGAAGCCGGCCUUCCUCACUCAACUCCACUCUUGCUUUCAAACAAUGGACCGCCUGUAUUUCGUCAUGGAGUAUGUGAACGGCGGGGACCUGAUGUACCACAUUCAACAGGUCGGCAAGUUCAAGGAGCCGCAAGCAGUAUUCUACGCAGCAGAAAUCGCAAUCGGACUGUUCUACCUGCAUCAGAAGGGGAUCAUUUACAGAGACUUGAAACUGGAUAAUGUGAUGUUGGACGCAGAGGGACACAUCAAAAUUGCCGAUUUUGGAAUGUGUAAAGAGAGCAUAUUUGACACUGUGACAACUCGCACUUUCUGCGGGACCCCAGACUACAUUGCACCAGAGAUUAUUGCUUAUCAACCGUAUGGAAAAUCUGUGGAUUGGUGGGCUUAUGGAGUAUUGCUUUAUGAAAUGCUUGCUGGUCAGCCUCCAUUUGAUGGGGAAGAUGAAGAUGAGCUCUUCCAGUCUAUCAUGGAGCAUAACGUGACUUAUCCUAAAUCACUGUCAAAGGAAGCCGUCCUGAUCUGCAAAGGGUUGAUGACAAAACACCCGGCAAAGCGUCUUGGAUGUGGAUCGGAGGGAGAAAGGGAUAUUCGGGACCAUGCUUUCUUCCGAAGAAUUGACUGGGAGAAACUGGAACUAAGGGAGAUACAGCCUCCAUUCAAGCCGAAAGUGGCAAGUUGUGGCAGAAGUGCUGAAAAUUUUGACAAGUUUUUCACAAGAGGCCAGCCAGUGUUGACACCACCUGACCAGCUGGUCAUCGCCAACAUUGACCAGGCAGAGUUUGAAGGAUUUUCAUUUAUAAACCACGAUUUCACGCACCCCACCAAUGUAACCAACGUUAUAUGAAGACGACAAACAAUUACAGGAAGCGAGCCUUUGUUUAAAAUGACUAUAACCAAUCAACCAUUAACUUUACAAGAUUAUUAAUGUUCAGAAAAGGUUAAGGAAUUAUGCACUUUUAACUUUUAGACAAAAAACAUUAAUAUACUUUAUGAAGUUUUACUGACAAAAUUUUAAAGUCCAACUUUAAAUUGUCUAAUAUAAUUGUGAACUGCCUUUAUAAAUAAAGAUUUUUAGGAAGGCAUUUCUCUGCUGAAUUUUAGCAUUUUGUUUUUAAGAUGUUGAGGUAAAAAUUGCAAUAUACAUUUGGCCCCCAAGGGACCUGUCCUUUUCCCUUUGUCUUCCCAAUUUUAGGUUGGUUCUGUAGCCUUUUCAUCAAAAACAAAUAGUAAGCAAAUUUGUUUCUCCAAAAAUAUAAUGGUUGAAAUAUGUUUGAAGUAAAUCAAAAAUCAUGAAAAUCUCUAAUCUACAACUUGCACUAGUAUGUACAAUUUACUCCCUUGUGGAUUAUAAGAACAAUUACAUUUUGGGGUGAAGGUAGAACUAAUCGAAAGGAGUAAAAUAAAAUGAUCAAACUAUUUUGGCAUUUUAACAAGUACUGGAGAACUCUUGCCUAAAGUGGCCAUUCAAAGCACGUUAACUGAUUUUCUUAUUAGAAAUAUUCAAUUUAGCACAUUCCUCUUUAUAUGGUACAAACUUAAUCAAGUGCACAAAGCAAAUAUUCAAAACAGGUAACCAUUCUACUAAUUUUGUAUGAAACGACAAAGAUAAUGCUGUGCUUCAAUUGUCUAGUUCAUAUUACAUUACGAUUCAUAGAAUGGAAUGACUGUUAUUUGUUAUAGUUUAACUCAAUAUAUUAAGGGGGCAUGAUUUGACAAAAUUUCAACUUGUCAAACAUGCUGUAUAAUUAUUUAAACCGAGUCAAAAAAACUAGCAUCCAGCCACUUUCACACGCCAUUCAGGAAAAUGACGUGACAUUUCUUACAGAAGUCCCCUUUUUAAAGAUCCGGAUUGCAAGCUUCUUUGAGCUUCUGAGUAUGAACUACAUCAGGGCAUAGAAAGUCUUUUCCUGAAGUUGUUUCCCAUCACCUUUUUAAAUAAAAUACAGGAUGUUUGAUGCAGUUUUUGCUUCACAUACCUGCUACUCUGCUACUUUCAUCAAACUUGCCGUUUAACCAGUAAAUGCUACUUAUUAAAGAGUGACAGUAAGUCCCCUUGAACAUCUUAAUUCAGUUACGGAGACAGUUAAGAAUAUUCAUGCCUUCAUUUUCAAAACCGCAAUUUAGUUUGUUCACUAUUCUGCCUUUGGAAAUUGCACGUCAGAGAACAAAUAGCACGCUGUCAACUUGUAUUGCAUGCGACAAGACCUAUAUUUUGAAAGCACGCAUGUUUGAUUAUUGGUUUAAGUAGUGUUUGUCAUUUCCAGGUUGAAAAUUUGCACCUUUUAGAAAUACAUUUUGAUUGAAAGUGUCCUAUUUUUAAAAUCAUACCCUCGUUACAUUCUUCCGAUCACACACCUCGGUCACAUGGCUGUCCGUUUAUGUUAGAAGGUACAGUCAAUGUACAUGUGCAUCCAGCCCAUUGUUAGUUGAAUCAUGAAUCUUGAAAACCAGCACUAAUUGAUGUUACAAGCAAAUAUUUUAGACGAAUAAUGCAAAUAGUUAAUAUAUAAUGCCUGAUAUAGUUAAGCACUAUCUUACUCAGUUUAAAGUAAUAUUGUGGACCAAAAUUUUUAUUAAGCGAGUUUGCUUAACCAGCUUGAAUACAAAUAUUUAAUGAGUCUGGGGUAGGAUGGAAGCAAGGAACAGUCUUGUAAGUUAAAUGCUAAACUGUGGACAAUUUUGUGACGUUUACGAUUGGAAAUAAAGUUCAAGGUUGAUCAGG